UCGAACCAAAACCAUCACGUCACUCUGACUGCCUCUUUUGACGGCAGCGGCAUAGCCAACUCAAAGGACAAAGAUAUUGUUCACAAUAAGAACAAUAUUAAUGGAAUCCAAUUGUCCACCACCUUUAAACAAACAAUGGAGAUUAAAUCCUCACAAAUGAAUGCACCAAUUUUAAUUGCACACUGCAUGAGACCUGAUAU